AUGGGAGACCGAUCCGUACACAGUUUCCUAUUAGAGGAAAAGCCAAUUGUAGAACAGUUUUCAAAUACACUACAUGGCGCCGUCACCUUCGCGCAAAACGUGCAGAACUCGCUCGACGAUAUCAAGGACAACACGAAGCGGCUCUUCUGGUGGUCCUCCACCCUCGUGUGCAUCUGCUUGGGGCUCUUCCUCCUAUCUCAACUCGUGCGCCUGACCCGCGAGAUGAACAAGCUGAACAAGUACCAAGAAGUCUUCAAGAAUAUGUGGCAAGAAGAUAAGGAGAUCGAGACAUAUAGAUGGGAACAGGAACGGGAAGAUAGGCGAUUGGAGGGGUUGAGAAGAGCCGCUGCAAGAAGGAAUAAAUCAAAGAGUCCGGCUAGAGCGCACUACGCCCGUACCCCGUCAAACCGUGGUGUAAGAGAAGACGCUGAGAACUUGCGUACGUCAGAGCCUCAGCCAACGAGAGGGACAGGGCCAUCGCCAUUCGGUGCCAAGGUCGACGAUGCUCUCAACAGUAUGCCACCACCAGGGCCACUUCGUGAUGAAUGGAUCCACGAAUUAGCAUCUAUGACUCAGGAACGCCGACAAGCUUAUUAUCAAGGACAGCGUGAAGUAGAGGAAGUUGAGGAGGUUGAAGAGGACGACGAGAACUAUUGGGGUUGA